GCUCUCUUCCCCAGCCGAGUAACCUGGAGAUUUAAAAGCCGCCGGCUGGCGCGCGUGGGGGCAGAAGGAGGCCAGCUCCACCGCGCUGGCCCUGGUGACAGCCGCUCUCCUCCGCCAGAAGCUGGGCUGGGGCUCUCAGACGGGGCAACAAAAGCAACUUUCCUCCAAGCUACUGCCACCUGUUGGGUUUUCACACAUCGGGGGACCUGAGUGACAUGUCCCCACCAGGCGCCCCAUGGCAAGAGGCAGUUAGCAUGGGCUGAGCGGCUGGACCUGCACAGAGGACCAGAGAAAUGGCCUCCUGGCCGAGUCCUAGGCAGCCGGUGGCAGCGAGGAGGAACAGCCCUGGCACCUGGAGCAGGGCUGGGAGGAAGCAGUUCUGGAGAUAGUGACUGUCGGAGCCCUACCCGCCUGGCCCACCAUGGUCCUGAGGCUGUGGGUGAGCCGCCUGCUGCGGCAUCAGAAAUCCCAGCUCCUGCUGGUCAACUUGCUGACCUUCGGCCUGGAGGUAUGUCUGGCUGCGGGCAUCACUUACGCGCCGCCCCUGCUGCUGGAAGUGGGGGUCGAAGAGAAGUUCAUGACCAUGGUGCUGGGCAUUGGUCCAGUGCUGGGCCUGGUCUCGGUGCCACUCCUAGGCUCAGCCAGCGACCACUGGCGUGGGCGCUAUGGUCGCCGGAGGCCCUUCAUCUGGGCACUGUCACUGGGCGUCCUGCUGAGCCUCUUCCUCAUCCCGAGGGCCGGCCGGCUGGCGGGGCUGCUGGGCCCAGACACCAGGCCCCUGGAGCUGGCCCUGCUGAUCCUGGGCGUGGGGCUGCUGGACUUCUGCGGCCAGGUGUGCUUCACCCCACUGGAGGCCCUGCUCUCGGACCUCUUCCGGGACCCAGACCACUGUCGCCAGGCCUUCUCCGUCUAUGCCUUCAUGAUCAGCCUCGGGGGCUGCCUGGGCUACCUCCUGCCUGCCAUUGACUGGGACACCAGUGCCCUGGCCCCCUACCUGGGCACCCAGGAAGAAUGCCUCUUUGGCCUGCUCACCCUCAUCUUCCUCACUUGCAUGGCAGCCACGCUGUUCGUGGCCGAGGAGGCAGCCCUGGGCCCAGCUGAACCAGAGGAAGGGCUGUCGGUCCCCUCCAGGCCUCCCCACUGCUGCCCGUGUCGUGCCCGCCUGGCUUUCCGGAACCUGGGCACUCUGUUUCCCCGGCUGCACCAGCUUUGCUGCCGUGUGCCGCACGCCCUGCGCCGGCUCUUUGUGGCCGAGCUGUGCAGCUGGAUGGCAUUCAUGACCUUCACGCUGUUUUACACGGACUUCGUGGGCGAGGGCCUGUACCAGGGCGUGCCCAGGGCUGAGCCAGGCACCGAGGCCCGGAGACACUACGAUGAAGGAGUCAGGAUGGGCAGCCUGGGGCUGUUCCUGCAGUGUGCCAUCUCCCUGCUCUUCUCCCUGGUCAUGGACCGGCUGGUGCAGCGCUUCGGCACCCGGGCAGUCUACCUGGCCAGCGUGGUGGCUUUCCCUGUGGCUGCUGGUGCCACGUGCCUGUCCCGCAGCGUGGCUGUUGUGACCGCCUCGGCCGCCCUCACCGGGUUCACCUUCUCCGCCCUGCAGAUCCUGCCCUACACACUAGCCUCGCUCUACCACCGGGAGAAGCAGGUGUUCCUGCCCAAGUACCGAGGAGAUGCUGAAGGUGGUGCCAGUGAAGACAGCCUGACGACCAGCUUCCCGCCUGGCCCCAAGGCCAGGUCCCCCUUCCCUAAUGGACAUGUGGGUGCUGGGGGCAGCGGCCUGCUCCCUCCUGCACCUGCUCUCUGCGGGGCCUCUGCCUGCGAUGUGUCCAUGCGUGUGGUGGUGGGCGAGCCACCUGAGGCCAGGGUUGUUCCAGGCAGAGGCAUCUGCCUGGACCUCGCCAUCCUGGAUAGUGCCUUCCUGCUGUCCCAGGUGGCCCCGUCCCUGUUCAUGGGCUCCAUCGUGCAGCUCAGCCAGUCUGUCACUGCCUAUAUGGUGUCAGCUGCAGGCCUGGGGCUGGUUGCCAUUUACUUUGCUACACGGGUAGUAUUUGACAAGAGUGACUUGACCAGAUACUCAGUGUAGAGUAGUUCCUACCCUCUAGGGGGUGGGGGGGCUGCCUCACUGGGUCCCAGCUCCCUGUAUUCCAGGCUCCAUCUGGCUACUGGGCUGGCCUCCCAGAUUCUAUUGCUGCCUAACUGAUGUGGCUCUCUGCUGCCACCCCGUGGUGACAAGGUGCAUAGCUUCACGGUUAGAGUCUGGGACUUCCCUCCCACACCUCUUAAUGGAUUCCCUCCCAGUCUUUAGGGCUGUGGUUGAUUCCAAAUGGGCUGAAGUCUGGACUAAAUACAGGGAGAGAAGGGCAGGGCAUUUGAUUAGCACCAUGCACUGGAACUCAGGACUCUGGCAGAGUUACCCAGGCUCAGCAUUAACAGCUAGUGUCUUGAUCAACGCAUACCAAGGGAAGGUAUUUAGAGAGCUGAGUAACUCAGCCACCAAUUCUCCCUCCUCCGAGCCCCCCAAUCCUGUACGUCCCUCUAAUGUUGCUCUAGUGUGAAACUCUCCACAGGAUUUAAAAGUAAGAAAGUUACUUGGUGGGGGGGCUAAGGUUCCUCAGGGGAGAGGGGCCGCCGCCUGGCCCCGUGGCACCGCCAUCCCACUGAGCUGCCCAGCCCCCGUGUUGUCAGGACAUGGCUUGUUGGCCCCUGUGUCUCCAUCACAGGGACACGGGCCUUUAAAUAUUUAAUUUAUUUAUUUAACUCAAUAAAGGGGCAUCAGUUCCCAGCUCUGCCAUGUCUGGCCUAGGAGGUGAUGUCCCCAGUGACUGGGUCCCAUGACAUGGCUGGGUAUUGGGCUAAGUGUUGUCAGAAUCUCCUUUCCUAGGGGUGAUCUGUCUGGCCCCAACACUGCCUAACCCGGGAGCUUGGAAGCUCUCUUCUCCCCAGCUGAUACACCAACUCCUCUCGCCCACGGCUGGGUAAAGGUGGGGAGUUGGCCUUCAGGUCUCAGCAGCCUCCUGAGACUCGGCUCCUCUCUUGGCUCAGCCUGCCCUCGCCCCCUCCCCUCUGCUCCCUCUAGGACUGGGCUGAUGAAGGAGCCACCCACCCCCACCUUUCUCUGGCUUCAUAGCCUCUGUUUGGGGCUGUUCCAGGACCAGAAGCAGCCGGGGUGGCUCCUCAAACCUUUGUCCGUCUCAUGCCCAGGGCAUAUCUGUGCUUGGGGACUCUCGCACAGAAACUCAGGAGCACCCCUUGCCUAGGCUAAGGAGGUCAUAUCUCUGGGGGGUUUUAAGUGCCGUUUGCAAUAAUGUCAUGUUUUAUUUAUUUAGCGGAGUAAAUAUUUUAUACUGUAUGUGAGCAAUCAGAGUAUAAUGUUUAUGGUGAUGAAAUUAAAGGCUUCUUAUAUGUUUAA